UGACAGCUUUCAUUUCAAAAGCAAAAUAAAAAAUGUAAACAAAACAUAAAAAGUACAUGUAGACAACAUAAGACAAAUAGCAGAAAAUUGAAUUUGAAAUAUUUUUAAUGCUAUGAUGACUUUUAUAAAAUGUAAAUUAAAUAAAAGCAAUAGAUCCUGUCAGGAUGAAAAUCGCAUAUUAUUUUACUCUGGAAACAACAAUGACAAUAAUCAAAAGAAAAAUAGUUGGACGACUGGCCACUGGGUAAUUUUUGUCACUUUGCUUUUAUCAAUUUUAUUUGUAAUUAUUUGUAUGUAUGAAAAAUUUGUCGAUGAGAGGUCUAUCCUAAGCUUGUCUAAGCCCAUAAUGUACAUAACGACAAUAUUUAAAACGUUGAAUAGAUUGGGUCAGGAGCACACUGUAAUUGAGAAGGUCAUAUCAUGUUAUUACAAUACGCCUACUCCUGAGGCUUCAAAUCAACUAAUGCCCAAUAACAUACAUCCUCAUCUUUGUACACACAUUAAUGUGGCAUUUGCACGUGUGGUGGAUAAACAGAUUAGCCUUGAUGAUUCACAGUAUAAGGCCUUAAUGCAACUGCAAAAGCUGAAGUUGCUAAACCCAAAUCUUAAAAUAUUGCUGUCAGUGGGCGGUGCUGGAAAUAACAAUGGGUUUUCUGAAAUGGUCAUUGAUCAUGCAUCAAGAAAAGUAUUUAUAAAAUCAAUUAAGAUGGUUUUGAGGAAUUAUACAUUAGAUGGAAUUGAUUUGGAUUGGGAGUUUCCAGGAUUCAAAAAUGAACUAGAUAUAUCAAAGCGAGAAAGGCAACAUUUUUCUCAGCUUCUUCAAGAAAUCAGGCGGGAGUAUGUCAGAGAAAAACAGAACUAUUUACUGACAGUGGCUGUGCCUGCUCAACAAACAAUUUUGGAUGUGUCGUAUGAUGUUGACCAACUAAAUCUAUAUACUGAUUAUGUUAACAUUAUGACAUAUGAUUUUCAUUUCUACUCCAAAUACACACCAUUCACGGGGCUUAAUUCCCCAUUGUUUGCCAGGUCUUCUGAACAGUUAUUCUUGUCAUCUCUCAACAUAAAUUUUACAGUUCAUAUGUAUAUAGAUAAAGGCCUUGACAGAAGUAAGAUCGUUGUUGGAGUGCCUACAUAUGGCCACACAUUCUCAUUAGUCAAUGCAGAUAAUACUAAAAUAGGGAGCCCAGCAUCUGGAUUUGGAUCCCUUGGCUCUCAAGGAUUUGUAAGCUACCCAGAUAUAUGCACUUUCAUUAAUUCCUCAAUUAAUGUGACAGUUGAACUGGAUAAAGAAGCAAAGGUGCCAUAUUUAUUCAAAGAUUUAGAUUGGGUAUCUUAUGAUACUCCACAAAGCAUUAUUGAAAAAGCAAUUUACAUAAAGGAUUACAAUUUACGUGGUGCCAUGAUAUAUUCCCUGAACGCUGAUGAUUAUGGAGGUGUUUGUGGAGGCGAUCAUGGAGAGGGUGUUAAGUUUCCAUUAUUGCAAUCAGUAACAGAUGUGUUGUUAAAGAAUACCAGCCUGAGCCAAGAAGAGAAAGGUGUAUACUAAACUGAUCCAUAAAAAUUAAAAUACUUUACUGAA